CUGAGCCAUUUUCCCGCUGUUUGUUAGCGGCACGAGCAACCACUAACUGAAGAAACCUUCAUUGUCAUGAAAAGUAUGGCAAGGUGCACAGAGCGCAAGACUUGUUUCUGUCACGACAUCGUGAAAGACGUAACCAUCCGUGCAGCCUCAUCACCGUGUUACACCGUCAGGAACAAGGUCCAACAUCCAUCUGGUAAUGACACCGACCACAGUUACGUGUUUUACGGGGCGUUGUUCAUCAUUUGCGGGAAAUGUGCAGUGGUUCAAGCUCCUCAGCUGAACGGCACUGGGUGUUUCGUGUUUGUGAAUAACCUGGAAGCCCCCGUGGACACCUGCUGCGAGUUUGUCUACGACCUCUUCUGCGGACCGAAGAAGAUAUCAACGUAUGACCCUGCUCGCUGUGCUCGUCUCUCUGCUGACAGCUAGGCUAAAAUCAUAUACAGAAUGAAACAAUUAUAAUCGAUUACAGAAACAUUUCAGAGAAUUCCAGAUGCAAUAAAAAACAGCACUAAGGCGUGA